CUUAAUUUCGUAACUUACUGCACUUUGUGGUGUCGUGUGCGUUUGCUGACUCACCGACCGAUCGUAUCGUUGGUUGGAUAUGGCGAGCGUCCUGAAGAGUGUGGUGGACUGCUGCGAGCAGGCGGAAGCGUACCUCCGCGCUGGCGAGCCUCAGAAAGCAGUGCUGUUCGUGCAGCGUGGUGAAGCGGAGCUGGCCAAGGUCAAGGCGCAAGGCACAGAAAGCGCUCAACGCGCCUCUGAACUGGAGCGAUCCCUGGCUGACUUGAGGGCCCGAUGUUGCCCGCCCGCCAGCCGCGCAGUCGUAUAUCCAACGGACAACCUGGUGGUUCCUGGCACGCAGUCGUUUCUCGUGUCUGCAGAAGGUGAGUUCCAGCGGGAGCUCAGCAGCAGCGCUGAUUUGAGGAUACACCGCACUGAGGCGGGCGUGUUUGUCGCUUCGUGUGGGACAUGGACAUCAGUUCUGGCGGAAGACAUCCCCGUGCUCAAGGCUGGCCCGCGUUUCUACAUCUUCACCAACAUCACCGGCGAUGAGAGCAUCCCACCGGACUCCUGCAUUGGCGUGAUGCUGCACAAGGCGGAUGCUGGGCUGAUUGCUGCGUUUGAGCACAUGCUGGAGGACACGACCAACUUCUGCCGUCUCCACAUUGAUGAAGAAGAGCAGAUCACAGAGAUUGAGAGCACGCGGCCACUGGUUGAGACGGACACGAGCGCGUCGCUAGCACCGGGUGCAUCCUCGUCGUGGGAUGCCGUCGUUGCGCGCGGUAUUGAGCGCGGUGCCCUCUCCAUGGCGCAGGCAUUUGAGACCACAGCCACCAUCGGCGGUCGCGUCAUGCGCAGUGCUGGGGAGGCGCUGCGUUCGCGUUUGGUGCCGGCAGAGGAGGACAUUGAAGUCAGUGACCGCACCAAACGCGUCGUUCACGGUUUUGGCGUCGCAGCACACGCCACAUACCAGGGCGUGUCAUAUGUCGUGUCGAACGUGGUUGAUCUUGCAGAGCGCGCCGUGCACCGCGUUGCACCCGUCAUCUCCUCCUAUCUUCGCAACGACGAACACAACUCGCAAGCUAAACAGAAGUGGGUGCACGUGAUCAAGGCUGGUGGUAUGGGCGUAAUCACCGUUCUCGAAAGCAUGGAGCGCGCCGUCGAGACCCUCGCCAAUACGCUCUCGGAAGAAACACGCGAGACAGUCAGGCACAAAUAUGGGCAGGAAGCACACGAUGUUGCACGGACUAGCUUCAACGCUGUGGGCAAUAUGGCGCAAGCGUAUCGCAUGACAGGACGACUCAGAUACAAGUGA